CCUCAUCCCGGUUCUACCGAUCGGCGGAUCCGCUUCUCCGGUCAGAAUCCCUGCACAGACCGGACACAGAUGAGGCAUGGCGGCUCUGUUCGGCAGGAUCCAGAUCGGCAUCUAUGUGGAGAUCAAGCGCAGUGACGGCCGGAUCCACCAGGCCAUGGUGACGUCUCUGAAUGACCACAAUGACAGCGUGACGGUGGAGUGGAUUGAGAAUGGAGACACCAAAGGGAAGGAGGUGGAUCUGGAGAGCGUCUUCAGCCUGAAUCCAGAUGUGGCUCCAGAAGAAGAGAUCCUGCAGAGCCCAGAGACACCUCCACCACUCAUGUGCAGUGCUGCCAGGCCCAACAAGAUCCCGCAGAGCAAGAAUCGUCGAGCAGCAGCGCCUGUGAAGAGCGAAACGCCAGCGAAGGAUAACCGAGUGACUGUAGGAACGACUCGAGCGCGGCCGAGCCAGCAGACCGAACCUCCAGCAGCGCCCGCGCCUCCUAUGAACAUACAACAGCAGACACUGCAGCAGCAGAACGCUCGCAGGAAGUCCAACUGUGUGAAGGAAGUGGAGAAGCUUCAGGAGAAGCGGGAGAAACGACGAUUACAGCAGCAGGAGCUGAGAGAGAAACGAGCGCAGGAGGUCGACGCCACCACCCCCAACUAUGAGAUCAUGUGUAUGAUACGAGACUUCAGAGCAAGUCUGGACUACCGGCCGCUGACCACUGCAGACCUGAUUGAGGACCACCGGAUAUGCGUGUGUGUGCGGACGAGGCCUCUGAAUAAAAAAGAGCUCAGCAUGAAGGAUCUGGACGUCAUCACCAUCCCCAGUAAGGAUGUGGUGAUGGUGCACGAGCCCAAGCAGAAGGUGGACCUGACCCGAUACCUGGAGAACCAGACCUUCCGCUUCGACUACGCCUUCGACGACACCUCCACCAACGAGAUGGUGUACAGGUUCACUGCGCGGCCGCUGGUGGAGACAGUGUUCGAGAGAGGAAUGGCCACGUGUUUCGCAUACGGGCAGACGGGCAGUGGGAAAACUCACACCAUGGGUGGAGAUUUUUCUGGGAAGAACCAGGACUGUUCCAAAGGCAUCUACGCUCUCGCUGCGCGGGACGUUUUCCUGAUGUUGAAGAAACCGAUCUAUAAGAAACUGGACCUGCAGGUGUUCGCCACCUUCUUCGAGAUCUACAGUGGGAAAGUGUUUGAUCUGCUGAACCGGAAGGCAAAGCUGCGAGUGCUGGAGGAUGGAAAGCAGCAGGUGCAGGUGGUGGGACUGCAGGAGCGAGAGGUCAGGUGCACUGAGGAUGUGCUCAAACUCAUCGAGAUGGGCAACAGCUGCAGGACGUCGGGUCAGACCUCCGCUAAUGCGCACUCGUCCCGCAGUCAUGCAGUGUUCCAGAUCAUCGUGCGCCGGCGAGGGAAGCUGCACGGAAAGUUCUCUCUGAUCGAUCUGGCGGGAAACGAGCGCGGCGCCGAUACGUCCAGUGCAGACCGACAGACCCGGCUGGAGGGAGCCGAAAUCAACAAGAGCCUGCUGGCGCUCAAGGAGUGCAUCAGGGCUCUGGGUCGAAACAAACCUCACACUCCAUUCAGAGCCAGUAAACUGACCCAGGUGCUGCGCGACUCCUUCAUCGGGGAGAACUCUAGGACCUGUAUGAUCGCCACUAUUUCUCCAGGGAUGGCAUCAUGUGAAAACACUCUGAACACUCUCAGAUACGCCAACAGGGUGAAGGAGUUUGGCAUCAGCCCGUCUGAUAUCCCCUUCUCUCAGAGCAGCGGUGCGCGUUCAGAUCUCUCUCCCACAGACGAAUACGGCGAUUCCUGCAGGAUGAAGGAGCUGGUCCUGGACCCCGGGGUGCUGCCAGACAGUCGGGUUGGGUCUCAGCUCGAGGUUAUGGAGGCACAGUGGGGAAUGGGGAGCUCACCACAGAGAGACGAUCUCAAACUGCUCUGUGAACAAAACGAAGAGGAAGUGUCCCCGCAGCUCUUCACCUUCCAUGAGGUGGUGUCUCAGCUGGUGGAGAUGGAGGAGCAGGUGUUGGAGGACCACCGCGCCGUGUUCCAGGAGUCGAUCCGUUGGCUGGAGGAUGAGAAGGUUCUGCUGGAGAUGACGGAGGAGGUGGAUUAUGAUGUGGAGUCGUUCGCCACGCAGCUAGAGCAGAUCCUGGAUCAGAAGAUCGACGUGCUGAUUGAGCUCAGAGAUAAAGUGAAGUCGUUCCGCUCAGCCCUGCAGGAGGAGGAGCAGGCCAGUAAACAGAUCGACCCCAAACGCCCGCGAGUGCUCUGAGCAAUCCCAGCAUGCCUGGUGCCGGCUGAUGCAUGAGCUGUACAUACUGCAAACUUUCUCUGUACAUAUAUAUAAAUAUAAAGAUGAACUGUGUGUUAGAGGAACAGGCUCACUGUCAACAGACAGAGCUGAUUACUGUAAAUCUACAGGUUCAUGAGUGAAGGAGAUGCUCCAACACCAGUACUCUGCAACACACACUCAUGCUUUUAACAUGGCUUUAUUUUAUUAUUAUUUUAAAAUCUAAAUAGUUUUUACAUUUGUAAUAACAUUUCUGUCAUUUUUAAUUGUCAAUAGCUUAUUUUUCUUUGUGUGUUUUGGUGAAGCAGCAGGGCACAGGUCUGACAGAUUUGCUCAAAUAUUCACAUAUAAAAGAUGAAAUAAUGUAAAGAUCUUCAGGAGAGAGUAAAACACUGCACUAUUUCAGCUGCUGAGUCAAAAUAACCUGUGAAGAUCACAGUAUCAUUGAUUUUAGAGCUGACAUUGGGAUUUGCUUUUUUGAAGUAUUGCUGAUGUUCACAUGUACUGCUGACAGUUAGUUUUUUUUGUUUGCCUCAAAUGACCCUUAAAAACAUUGAAAUGACUUUGAAAUCACUGUUUGAAGAAAGCAAAAGUCUAAUGAAGUUGCUCUGCUGCUCCGUCUUUCUGUCAGCAGAGGAUCCUGAAGUCAGUGUUUUCUUUACAGCAGAAGGGAAUGUCCUGUUUACAGUGUUAUUUACUACCGCAUCAGUGUUUUUAUAACCGCUGUCCAUGACUCGGUCUCACUGCAGCGGCACUCUGUGAUAAACAGACUCUGGAUCAGUGUUUCAGUGUGCUAAAGUAAAGAGCAUUUGGAAAA